AUGCCGCGCGUGUUCGUCCCGGGACGCGUGUGUCUGCUCGGCGAGCACUCGGAUUGGGCCGGCGCGCGCGCGGCGCGCGAUGGCCCGGGAGCGUGCGUCGUCGUCGGCACGCGCGAGGGCGUCAGCGCGCGGUGCGACGUCGGUGAAGGGCCGCGGUUUCGCGUGGUUGGCGCGGACGGCGACGCGUUCGAGUGCGAUGUGAGCGUCGAUGACGCGCUCGAGCGAGAGGCUUCGAGCGGAGGGUACUGGUCGUACGUCGCCGGGACCGCGCUGGAGGUUUUGAGGCGAUUUCCGCGGUGUCGCGAGCGCGGGCUCGUCGUGGAGACGCUCGAGACGACGCUGCCGACGAGGAAAGGCUUGAGCUCGUCGGCGUGCGUCUGCGUCCUCGUGGCGCGGUGUUUCGGCGUGGCGUACGAGUUGGAUCUCGAGCUGAAGGAUGAGAUGGAGUUGGCGUAUCGAGGGGAGGCGGUGCACACGCCGAGCAAGUGUGGAGCGAUGGAUCAGGCGUGCGCGUACGGGAGCGAGCGCGUCGUGGCGCUCACAUUCGACGGCGAAGACGUGGACGUCAGAGCGUGCGAGGUUGACGGUGAAAUACACAUCGUCGUGUGUGAUUUGGCGGCAUCGAAGAGUACGGUGCGGAUUUUAGCCGAUUUGCAAGGAGCUUUCGACCGAGGGGACGAGGCGCUGCGCUCGGCGCUCGGUGCCCGUAAUCGAGCGCUCGUGGCCGAAGGAUUAGACGCGAUCAAACGCGGCGAUGCGCGGGCUUUAGGCGCGGUGUAUACGCGCGCACAGACCACAUUUGACGAAGCUGCGAUCCACAUCUGCCCAUCCGAGCUCACGGCGCCUCGUUUGCGCGAGACGCUCGCCGCCGUCGCCCACGACGUUCCGGAAACUGUCUUUGGCGCGAAAGGCGUCGGAAGCCAAGGCGACGGUGCCGCGCAAUUCGUGGCGGUAUCUGAAGCAGCGGCUAAAACACUCCGACAGUACUUGCACGACUUUUCGGGCGGUCGGUUUAAAGUAUUCGACGUCGUUCUGCGAGACGAAGAGCGCCACGCACGAACUAGCACACACAAAUAG